AGUGUCUGCCGAUCGGGGUAAAGUUCCUGAAAAAACGGAAGCAUUGCUAUGUAAGGAGUGCUAUUCGUGGUGUGACAAGCAUAUGGAUGUGGGUAGAAUAGGCCAUGGAUAUUCUUUGGGGAGUUCACCAUAGCCACCGAUCAACCGUACACAUCAACAUCAGAGAAAAAGAAGAGAGCGAGCGAAAGAGAGAGAGAGAGAGAGAGAGAGAGAGAGAGAGAGAGAGAGAGAGAGAGAGAGAGAGAGAGCCAAUUAGUACAAAGCAGUAAAGAAAGAGAGGGUACUAAAAUCUUGAAAUCAAAUGUUCUUCCCCGACGGAUGACGGUGUUUGGAAAUUAGUGUUCGGAAUAGCGUGAGACAAAAAAAAAACCGUGGGAACAAAAACCGCGGAUGAUGGAAAUGUGACUGCGUGUAUGCGUGAGUGUUUGUGUGUGUGUGUGUGUGUAUGUUGGUGUUAAAUGUGAACGGAUCGAAGCAACCUUCGUGGGAGAGAGCGGAUGUGCGAAAUGAGAUGUGUCAAAUUAGUGGGUGAAUAGUCCUCGCGGAAGCUGUUCCUUUUAUCGGGACGGUGAAUAUCAAGAAGGUUACGGAAUAUCUUGCCAAAAGCCGUUUUAUCACGUACAUCUGUAGAGAUGUAGGUUGUGCGUGAGCCUUUUUUUAACUUGGAAUAUAUCUCAAACUCCCGUAAAUGUUAUCCUUUGUUUGGAUCGGGAACAAUAGCACAGCAACACCCAGUCGCGUCUUCUGGUUUUGUGGGUCGCAUAAGGAAGGAAUCUAAGUUGUGGAUACACUGUGUGGCACUGUGAUGGAGAUACCUUGAAGGCAGAGUCAGGACGGUGGCCCUGUCGCCCUGUCGCCCAUAUAGCGAGUCGUCAACCAGCGGAGUGGUUAAAGAAAGUGCGGAAGUGUGAACGUAUCCUCGCCGAUGGUGUGAUCCACCGAGUGGAAACUGUGGUUCGAGUGACAUGAGUGAGUGAUGUUGAAUGGAAAUUUUCACAAGCGAUUAGUGGUCGGAAAAGCUUUCGUGUGAAAAUUUUGAAUAAGAAUAGCAGCUCUCUGUUCCCCUUUCUGUGGCCCCAGCGAGUGGUGAAAGGAUGUAUCUUACCACACUGCAAGUCGCACUUUACACCUGCUGAAGUGAGGUUCCUCUUUACUACGCCCCACGCCUUCUACGAUGGGCAACAUCGUACAAUAGCGGUGCUUCGUCCCUGUGGAAAAUUCCUCCGUGUGUGUUCGUGUAUCCUAGGAAACAAUCCUCCGCGUGUCCAUAGAACGAUGGAGCGGGUUUGGCGUAAAGUCAAUCAGGGCCUCACUUUACGAUCCUCCUCAUCGAAGGCGGCGGCAACGGCCGGUAGUGGCGCAAGCGGUGGACCAAAUGCUGCGUCCCUCGUCACGGCAGGUCCGUCGGCCGGUCCUUCCGCCGGUGGGCCGACGCACCAUUCGACCGACACGACCAGUUCGGCCGGUUUCGGCGAGUCACAGGUGGUGGCCGUGCAAAGGCGCCGGUCGGUGGUGGUGCCGCAGGCGAGCACGGCCUCGUCGGAAAAGCGGCGACGCCGGCGGCGCCGCAGUCGCCCCAGCAGGGAAGGCGCUUCGCAAAGUGGCCACGGGUCGGGAGGCCACCACAAAGGACAUUCAUCGGGCGGCCGGCGGAGCAACAGCCAAUCGGUCACCAUCGCGCAACAGUCCAACGAACAAUCGCUCAGACAACGAGCCGUGGCACGGUUGAAGAUGUUCAACUUCAACCUCAACUGGGACCUGCACAUGACGCAGUGCAAACCGUGCGGGCCUAAGAGCAGCGGCAACAUUAUCACUCGCAGGCUGUGCCGCAAUCGGCGCGGCGAGGACAACGAACUCUACCGCUCGAACAGCUUCAAGUUCGAGCGGUUCGAACGCAAGGACCCGAUGGAAGCGGGCGCCAGGACAAUGCUGCGGAAACAGAUAUCCGUCUGUGAUGACUACAGCUUACCGAUUGACUUUGUAAAGAAACGACCGUCCAGUUUUGAUCCCUGCCUCGUACAGCAUAUACCAACCAAUUGGGCCUCCCCAAGUCCGCAAUCAGAACACGUUUCAUUUCUAGAACCUUUGCUACUACAGCAACCCUUGUCAGCGGUUCCGACCAUCGUCAGCAAUAACGUACCGGGCAGUGUAACGAUCGCAUCGUCCGGCAUUCCACCAGGUACCGGUACCAUCGGUCGUCCAUCACUCCCGCUCGUCCCAUCAGCUUCCGGUCCAUCGCUGUGCCCUAUCCCUGCACUACAGCCAGGUCCGGACGCAGCAACUACAGCAGCGGCUCAUACCGUCGCCAUCAAAACACUCGAAGAGAUCUUCGAUACCCGUCGGAGCUAUAAGCCGGCCGGCAGGCAUCGCGCUAGAAGCCGUACAAGGCGUCCAGAUAGUUGUUCGGAGGUGAAGUACAUCAAUCAAAACUUUAGUUCCGGUUCAUCGGCACCGAUAUCUUCUGAAGAGGAAGAUAACGACGAAGAGGAGGACGAGCUCAGCAAGAUACCGGAGCUGAAUUCGCCGGACAGUAUAUCGGACGAUCUCGUGCAAGCACUACCAUUGCGUCAAAGCCCCAUCAAGACAACAGGUCCCGAUACAGCCAAACGGAACCCAUCGCCCUACUACUACUCCGACUUGCUGAAGAACAAACAGCGCGAAAGGGAAGGAACUGAACUAAUUCCAGCAGACACUGGACUGCCUGCGAAUCUUCCAACAGUACAGCAAACGCCCACAGCAGAAGUGGUCCGUCGUGAUCCUCCCGUCCGCUAUAAGAAGAGCAGCAGCCUAGAUACACCGGGCGCGGAGAAGGAAGUCCCGCUACCGAAGCGAUACUCCAUCACCGAGGAGGGCGUACGGAUCAUACGGUGCGACUCCCCAUCCACCACUACCUCGGACGAUUCGGACUGCUCCGAAUGUUGCAAGCGGCGGGCGUGGCAGGCGCAAGCGUUAGCGAUCACCCGGGCAACCUGUAACCUUGGGCCGCGCGUCGACUCGAUGCCACCGCACCGUCUGCUCGGACCGGCGGCAGUCUGUGCCUGUGCAACGCCCCAGGCGUUCGGCGACGACGAUGACAACGAUGAUGAGCUGUUCCGUCCGCGCAGUAUCUUCUACGUGCACCAACCGGGCGCCGCCGACUGUGCUGACUGUGCACUAGGAGGGGCAGGUGAUCUGCAGAGUUCCACCCCGGCACAGGACGAGAUGGCGAACGUGCGCACGCGCCAAAUCUACGAGACGGCGUUCGAUUCGAAGAUAACGCGCUCGGACGACGAUCUUGACGAGGUGGACCGGAUCACCAACCAGAGUGUGCUGCUGCAGCUAACGAAGAGUAACAGCAGUAGUGCGAGCAACAUGGUAACUGGAGGAGCACCACCACCGUCCCGCACUAAGCGGCUCGAAACGAAGCGGACCAAAUCCGCGAGCAGUAAAACGCCUUCCGGCGGUGGGCAGGACAUUGCAGGGGCUCAGCCUGCCUUGGAAGAAGCCAAGGCGGAUCAGCUGGCGCAGGAUCUGCAGGAGAAGCUGCAGCUCGACAAACAGAUGGACAAUAUAGCGAACGCCAACUCCACGUCUUCCUCUCAGCUGCCCCUGCGGGGUUAUACGCCGUCCCCGCCGUCAACGGCACCCCUGCCGAUGAAGUUCCCAGGGAAGCAUGAGCGGUUCUUUAUUAGCAGCAUCAAGAGUGCACCGAAUCUGCCCUCCUCCAAUGCGGGCGCUCAGCAUCCGAGGUUGAAGGAUCUGCGGUUGGACAUACAGAACGUGCGCAACAAUGACGGUGCGGGUGGGAGUAGCUGCGAUGGCAGCAUUGCCGAGGGGGCACCGUUUGGGCAUGGGAGUAAGGUGGGUGAACGGCCCCGUUCGACGCUCUGUCUCGAGCCGGAGCGGGUGCUGGAGUUGAAGCGAGGUCAUCGGGGUGCGUCCCAUCACCAUCAUGGUAAGCAGCAGCAGCAGCGUGGACGUGGGAACUUUUCCUCCACGGAAAGUAUGGCUACUUCGAGUAGUGGCGGUAGCAUGGAGUCGUUAAAGUCGAGUACGAGCGAAGGGAACCGCAGUACGUCCAGUUCGGACUCGCGGCACUCUUCGUCGCUUAGUUCGCACAGUUCCGACUCGGGACCGUCGCUGGCGUUCCCGCUGAGGGUGCCGGUGGCCAUACACAACAAGCUGAACAUACUGAGUCCGAUUUCGGACAAGUCGUCUCAAGAGCCGGGCUCGGAGACGUCGGACAUUAACAAUCGCAACAACAACUCGCAGAAGCAGUCGCCCGUGGAUGGUACUACGGGUGGUGGUGGUGCUGUUGCUGGUGGAGGAAGUGGUACGUUGAGCAAGAAGGAGGGAGAGGAGAGCGCUGGUGGUGGUGCCGUAGGUACGGAGGCUGUGAAAACGAACGUCACAAAGAGACGUUCGGCACCGAACAAGGCAUUGCUGUUAAUAACGGGUCCCGAAAUACAAGGCUCCGAUAGUGGCAUCUCGCUACACUCCCGGGAGGAUCUAAAAUCCCGAACAAACUUUUUAAACGCCAGCCUUCAGCGGGCCUCCCUCGGCCAGGACAAGCAGAGCGACCAUGGCAAGGGACAGUCGGGACUGCCGCAGGACCUAAGCGAUCUGCCGUUCGAUAUGCCAAAGCUGCGCAGAAGAAGAGCACACCUGCAGCAGGAACCGUGCACAUCUGGCAGUGUCACGUCGGUGGACGUGGGUGAUUUACCCUUCGAUAUGCCGAAGUUGAGGCGCCGGCUAAGGUUGUCCCAAAAUCAGCAACAUCAGCAGCUGCUACAGCAACAACAGCAACAGCAACAGCAACAGCAGCAGCAUCAGUUGCAGCAGCACCCAUUCCAGACCAGCACGGCUGCGUCAACAUCGGGCGGCGGUAUGCUGCUGCAGACGAGCACCGAAUCAAGCGGGCUGUCCCAAGCCUCCUCCAGCCUGUCGAUGCGAGACUCCGAUAGCAAGCUGGCACUAGCAGGAGGAUUCUUCAAGCAAAGUUUGACGCUAAACCUGAACGAAUGUGGCCAGCGGCCGCCGAAAAAGUUCGGUACGCUCGAUCUUGGCCUGAACCUGGGCACAAACAGGCCAAACGUGGACCUCAUCGAUGCAUCUAUUCCGCUCGACCGGCAAGGCUGGUACCAUGGUUCCAUCAGCCGGAUCGAUGCGGAGAAAAUCCUUCGACCACUGUCGGAGGGCAGCUUCCUCGUACGUAACAGCGAAUCAACCCGACAGGAUUAUUCACUCACGCUGAAGAGCGCCAAAGGCUUCAUGCACAUGCGGAUACAGCGGGACGCCGACUCGGGCCAGUUCAUCCUCGGUCAGUUUAGCCGCCCGUUCCCAACGAUACCGGACAUGAUCAGGCACUUCUGCCUGAACCGGCUGCCGGUCCGUGGUGCCGAGCACAUGUGUCUUCUCGAGCCGGUCAUUGCGCAAAUCCUAUGAGCUGCACUAUAAGCGCAGCGCAGGAAGCUGGAAAGGAAGCCGCUUUUAAGCAUUUGGUUUUGUAAAUUUGGUGGUGGUUUGAAAAACAAAAAAAACUGAAAGUUUAAAGCCGAGAGGAGGAGAAGAAGAAGAAGAAAACACAAGCAACAGGAUAAUAAGAACAUAAACAUACCGUAGAAAGGGAUUUACCUGCAA